AUGGCAGCAAGAUGGUUGCAGAUGAUUGAACACAUCUUUGAACGUGUGGGGUGUCCGAAAGCUCACAAGGUUGACUAUGCAUCGUAUCAGUUGAUUGAUGAAGCAUUAACUUGGUGGACUAGUGCAAGGGCGUUACUUCGAGCACAACAUGUUGAUCUUACUUUGGAGUUGUUCAGACGAGUCUUUCUUGACAAAUAUUUUCCUAAGGUUAUGAGGAGAAUGAAACACACGGAGCUUCUAGCACUGUGGCAACAUAAUAUGACUGUUAAUGAAUAUAUUGCAAAGUUUGGACAGCUGAUGGAGUAUGCUAAUUUUGAUCGGAACAUUUAUGAUGAAGAAUGGCAGAUGGAAAAGUAUGAAAGUGGAUUGCAUCCGGAGAUUCGCAAGCUUGUUUUGACUUCAGCAAUUCGUACUCUUCCUGAAUUGAUUAAUCAGAGUCGGCAAGCAAAAGAGAUUAUAAAUGAAGCCAAGACUUUGUCUAAACCGCCAAAUGCGAAUCAGGCUCCUACUCAAGCUCGGGUGUUCACUCUUGAUGCCAAUGAAGCCCAGAAGUAUCCGAAUCUGAUCCGAGGUAAUGUAAUUCUGAAUGGUUAUCCUAUUUCUGUUAUCUUUGAUUCUGGAGCAUCAGGUUCUUUUAUUGCGGGGCACACUGCAAUGAGACUAGGUCUCACCUCGACUCCUCUACCUUAUGAGUUACAAACCAGUACUCCUACUGGAGGAUCUUGUACUGCAUCAGAAAUCUGCAGGGGUUGUAUUCUACAGUUUGAAGGAAGGACUUAUACGGUGAAUUUAGUGGUUCUACCGGUAUUCAGUCUUGGGAUGACUAUCGGUAUGGACUGGUUGGCGGAGAAUGGAAUAACCUUGGAUUGUCAAGCAGGAAAGGUCAUCGUUCCUUCUAAAGAUGGUAAUUCUCAGUUCUUUGCUACUAUUUCCUUAUUGCAAGUUAGAAAAGAACUCCUUCGGGGAGCUGAAGGAUACUUGUUGUUAAUUGAGUCUGAGAAUACUGUUGACACCCAACUUCAAAAUAUUCAUGUUGUUAGUGAGUUCGUGGAGGUGUUUCCUGAUGAAAUUCCUCGAUUACCUCCUCAUCGGGAGAUCGAAUUUCCUAUUGAACUUCUUCCUGGAGUUGGACCUAUUUCCAUUGCUCCUUACCGUAUGGCACCACUGGAACUUCGGGAACUUAAGAAGCAAAUAGAAGAGCUGUUGUCAAAAGAAUUCAUCAGACCCAGUACUUCUCCAUGGGGUGCUCCAACUAUUCUUAUCAAGAAGAAGGAUGGUAGUUUACGUCUGUGUGUGGAUUACCGUCAACUGAACAAGGUGACAGUAAAGAAUAAAUAUCCGCUUCCUAGAAUUGAUGAUCUGAUGGAUCAGUUGAGAGGUGCUAGGGUGUUCUCUAAAAUAGAUUUGCGAUCGGGAUAUCAUCAAAUCCGGGUUAAACCUGAGGACAUUCUGAAAACGGCAUUCAGGACUCGAUAUGGUCACUAUGAAUAUCAGGUGAUUCCGUUUGGACUUACUAAUGCUCCGGCUGUAUUCAUGGAUUAUAUAAACCGUAUCUUUCACCCAUUCUUAGAUCAGUUUGUCAUUGUAUUUAUUGAUGACAUUCUGAUUUAUUCAACCAAUGAAGAACUGCAUGCUGAACAUUUGAGAAUAGUCUUACAAAUCCUUAAAGAGAAACAAUUGUAUGCCAAGUGGUCGAAGUGUGAAAUCUGGUUAAAUGAAGUCCAGUUCUGGUUAAAUGAUGUCCAGUUCUUAGGUCACAUAAUUUCUACAGAAGGUAUUGCUGUGGAUCCCAGCAAAGUGGAAGCAGUAAUGAAUUGGGAGCGACCUAAGACCGUCACAGAAGUGAGGAGUUUCUUGGGACUUGCAGGUUAUUAUCGUAGAUUCAUCCAGAACUUCUCUCAGUUAGUACAGCCUCUCACACGUCUCACUCGGAAGGGAAUGCCUUUUGAGUGGACUGACGCUUGUGAAGAAUGUUUCUUGGAGCUAAAAGGUAGAUUGACCAGUUCUCCCGUGCUUACUAUUCCGGAUCCAACCAGAAAGUUUGAAGUGUAUUGUGAUGCUUCUCUAAAGGACCUUGGUUGCAUGUUGAUGCAAGACCAUAUGGUUGUAGCUUAUGCAUCACGAUAA